CCGAGCGAGAGAAAAAAAACAUUCGGCGCGCGAUUCCGUCCAGAUUCACCCGCCGCUCCUGGCCGCCGCGGCGUCUCCGGCGAGCAGCGGCCUCCGCCUCCACCUCCACCCCCAACGAGAGCCUCAGCGCGCAUUGCUUUAACCAGCCUCCGAGCGGAGAGCGGGUCCGCAUCCCGCGUGGCCCCCGUCGGCGAGCGGCUCCCCCCUCCCUCCUCGUCGCCGGUGCCGUGCCCCCCGCCGGCUGCACGGUCGCGGAGGCUCGCCGCGUGCCCCCGCUCCGCCGUUCGGGCCGCGUGGGUGCCGUGCGCGGCUCGCUGAGGAGUCGCGGUAGCUGAAGGUACAGGGGAGGGAGAGAGACGAGGCGGGAUCCGAAUUGGCCGGGAGAGGUGGCGAACUCCGUAGAGAUCGGAUCCAUGGGCUCCUCCGCCGUCCAGCGCGACUCCGUCUCCGCGCCAGGAAACAUGGAGUGUGCUGAUGACCCCGGCAGCAGCAGCAGUAGCAGAAGCAAGUGGGGCAACAUGAUGAGAAACGACACUUGGAGGUGGUGUUUAGGGCUGAUUUACAUCGUCGCUAUCGCGGGCAUAUGGAUCGCUGCGAGCUACAUCGUUCAGUCUGUCGUGGAUGGCGGUGUUUCCCCCUUCUUGAUCACGUACAUAUGCAAUUCUCUGUUUAUUGUCUACAUCCCCAUAGUUGAGUUCGCUCGCUACUUCGAGGAUUCUAUCGACAACCUGUGGUCAAAGUUGAAAGGCAAGGAUGGCGCAGACCUGCAGCAGCUUGCGGAUCUGGAGAGUGUGAAUCUUCUACAGAGAAGCGGGCAGGAGGGCAAUGCAGCCUCACCCCUGUCAGAAGACAAUUUGACUUCAAAUGCGAACUUCCCUAUCCAUACAGAGCUAGGUGUUGCAGAUUGCAGCAAGGGGUUGGAUGCAAAAGGGCGCUGGACGCGUGCUCGUACAGCCAGAGUCAGCAUGCUAGUCUGCCCUUUUUGGUUUCUCGCACAGCUUACAUUCAAUCUGUCUCUAAGAUACACCACUGUUACAUCAAACACGAUCCUGAGCAGCACGUCUACCCUCUUCACUUUCCUGGUUGCAUUGGUAUUUCUUGGAGAAACAUUCACAUGGUUGAAGCUGAUCAGUGUGCUUCUCUGCAUAGCAGGAACAAUUAUAGUUAGUCUUGCUGAUUCAGGCAGUACACUGAAUGCUGUUGCCACAAAUCCUCUUCUUGGAGACUUCCUUUCUAUUGUUUCAGCUGGCUUAUAUGCCGUGUAUAUCACCUUGAUACGGAAAAAGUUGCCUGAUGAGAAAGAAGGUCAAGGCCAAGUGAGUAUGGCUCAGUUUCUUGGAUUCCUGGGACUGUUCAAUAUGUUGUUUUUCCUUCCCGUUGCGUUGGUGCUAAAUUUUGCCAAGCUGGAGCCGUUCCACACACUGACAUGGGAGCAAGUUGGCCUGAUUGUUGGGAAAGGUUUGUUAGAUAAUGUUCUAAGUGACUACUUAUGGGCAAAAGCAAUUCUUCUCACAACAACCACCGUUGCUACAGCCGGUCUCACGAUCCAAGUUCCUAUUGCUGCCCUUGUGGACACGCUCACUGGUCAUGCUCCCCAACUGCUGAACUACAUCGGAGCUGCUGCUGUAUUAGUCGGUUUUGCUGGCAUCAACAUCCCAUCCGAUGUGCUACAGCCUUCUCACCACCAGCAGGACCAGCAGGAAGCACCCAUUGUUAGCAUUGUUGAUGACUCGCAUCAUUCGUCCAGUGAUAGGAAUUCUACCGAUGCUGUUUCAUAGUAGCCGCCUGGCUUGUUUCAGGUUCUUGUCCAAGUGUAAUUACCAAGCUGUGUAUGCCUGGCCUCGCCAGACCGGUUCAGUCAGGUUUCCCCCGUGCUAUGACACCGCAAUGGAAGGGAUGGAUACUGGCAUCCACGUAACAAAUUGUACAGUUUCAUGCGUGGGAAGGGAAAAUCGUUUGUAUAAUUUCUGUCGGUGUGUUGUGUAGCUAAAUUUUGUUGUACAAGGUGAAACAGUAUUUUUUGUGGCAACUGUACUGAAGUACUGGGGUUGCAUGAUUAUUACAUUGAAUUUCAAGCUCAUGAUGUUCACCUGA